AUUUUCGACAAGCGAACAAGGUGACGAGAGAGAGCAUGCAAGCCAUCUUUGACGACUUUGCGACGCUGCCGCUGGACGAGUAUGCGCUGCUGCCGACCGACUCGCUCCUCAUGGAGGACGUCGACGCCUUCUUCACGCCGGCCGCGACGUCGUCGCCGGCCUCGAGCGACCACUGCACGACGAGCGACGCUGGCUCGGAGGACCUGCCGCCGCCUCCGCCCAAGAAGGUCAAUGUGAGCCGCAAGCGCCAGCGCGACGAGAUCGAGUACCUGCGUACCAAGGUGGUCGAGCUCGAGUCGCAACUCUCGACACUACAAGCAGCGGAGGCGCCACUCGUGGCGGCGUCGCCAUGGCAAACCAUGGCCCGGCAGAUGCGCGUCGAGAAAGACGCUGCGAUCAGCGAGCGCGAGCAGCUCAAGCGCGAGCUCGCCGAGCAAAUCGAAUUCGGCAAGACGCUCGAAUCGCUUCUCAAGAAGCGGCCAAAGCUCGCGGCGCUGCCGCAGCUCGACGCCGACCAGUGGAAGCUGUACCGCCUCGUGCAAGACCCGACCCUCCGGCGCGAGGCCGUCGCCAACAUCCUCGAGCACCAGUACGAAGCGCUGUCGGGUGCGCUCAUCGAGUCGAAUCUCCUCGAGCAAGAAGACGAUGUCACGGCCUUUGCGCCGUACUUGGCCAAGCACUUUGACGACCAGCUCAUCACGACCGCGACGCUGUGCAAGACGAUCGAGUACGACAUGCACACGGUCGCCCGCAUGAUGUGGCUCCUCCUCUCGGCCGGCUGCAGUCUCAACCGCACAACGUUCCACCGCCUCGAGACGUUUGACGAAGACACGAUCUACAUUGCGAACGAAGGCCGGUGGGAAUUCCUGAUCAACCAGACGCGCCUCCUCAUGAAGCGCUACGUCGAGACGGACCGCAUCGUGUUUGUCAUGCGCACCAUUCUCGAAGACGAACUCAGUCCGCACGCACCCGAAGCACUCGUGACCAACAAGAGCGCAUGGUUUCUGCUUGAGCCCAUUGCGGGCCAGCCCGGGUGCCGGAUCAAGUUUUUUCAAAAAAUGACGCUGCCCAUGGUGCAGUCGGAGGUGCUUCUGACGCACCCCAAGUUCUCGGACGUCAACUCGCCCUACUACCGCAUCGGCAACAUCACCGACGCCGCCAUGAUGUCGCUGCGUGAGAUGAUCGGCGACUUUACGUCCCAGCUCGAGCUCCUCCUCCAACGCUACAUGCCCGAGGAAUGA